GGCGGGGCGGGUGUGUGUGUGUGUGCGCGCGGAGCCUCGUUCCCCGCCGCGCUCCGCCAUGGCCGCCUCGCUGCGCGCGCUCCUCCGCCCAGCCGCCGCUGCGCGCCGCCGCGCGCUCUUCCCGCUGCCACCGCCCCCCCUCCCGGGGGCGCGAGCCUGCAGUGCCGGGUCCCCGUACCAGUACCUGGCGGUGCAGAGGACGGGGGCACGGCAGAGCGUGGGCCUGAUCCAGCUGAACCGGCCGCAGGCGCUUAACGCUCUCUGCGAGGGGCUCAUGCAGGAGCUGCGGCGGGCGCUGGAGGCUCUGGAGAACGACCCACAGGUGGGGGCCAUCGUCAUCACCGGCAGCCAAAAAGCCUUCGCAGCUGGCGCUGACAUCAAGGAGAUGCAGAAUAAAACCUUCCAGGAGUGCUACAGCAGUGGCUUUCUUGCCGGCUGGGACAAGGUCUCCACCGUCCGCAAACCCAUCAUCGCCGCCGUCAAUGGCUACGCUCUGGGUGGCGGGUGCGAGCUGGCCAUGAUGUGCGACAUCAUCUACGCCGGUGAGAAAGCGCAGUUCGGGCAACCCGAAAUCCUGCUGGGGACCAUCCCAGGUGCUGGAGGGACACAGAGGUUGACCAGGGCGGUGGGGAAGUCGCUGGCCAUGGAGAUGGUCCUCACCGGGGACCGGAUAUCAGCAGCGGAGGCGAAGGAGGCAGGGCUGGUGAGCAAGGUCUUCCCCGUUGAGAAGCUGCUGGAUGCUGCCAUCGCCUGUGCUGAGAAGAUCGCCAGCAACUCCAAGCUGGUGACCGCCAUGGCGAAGGAGUCGGUCAACGCAGCCUUUGAGACAACGCUGGCAGAGGGGACCAGGACGGAGAAGCGGCUUUUUUAUGCCACCUUUGCCACUGGUGACCGCAAGGAGGGGAUGACGGCGUUUGUGGAGAAGCGCAAGGCCAACUUCACUGACAGCUAAGCCCUGGGGGGGGCAGGUCCCCGCUGCCCCACCGGCUCCCUCCCUUACCCCACCAGAGGGGUCUGGCAUCCGGCCACCAGCCAGAGUGGCCUGGGGUGAGAUGACGAGCAGCGGGGGACCACGUUUGCUCUUGCUAUUAAAAGGUUUUCCUGGC